AAUGCUAGAUGACGGGCGGUGUGGGCGUGGCUGUGCGUGCCUGGGCAGGGCUGGAUGCCGGGGCUCAGUCGGACAGCGUGGAACAGCCCAAGCUUACUGGGGGGGCACUGAGGGGCAGAGCCAUGGGGGAGACUCCGGCGGGGGGUUUGGAUUGGGCGGCGCUGUGGGAUCGGAUCCCCGGGGAGGAUGCGGCGCUGCUGGCGGAACUUACUGAGAAUAAACUGCUGGCAACUCUGCGGGACCGGUACCGGGAUCAUCGGAUCUAUACGUACGUCGGAGAUAUUCUGAUUGCUGUUAACCCUUUCCGAGACCUCCCAUUAUACAGCCCAGAGAUCUCCGAUAUAUUCAGCUCUCGGCCCCUGAGCUCUUUGCCCCCCCACAUAUUUGCGGUCGCCGACCGUGCGUACAACUCCCUGCAGGGAAACCCGGGAAAGCUCUCUCGGAACCAGUGUGUGGUCAUCAGCGGCGACAGCGGUGCGGGGAAAACCGAAAGCACCAAACUUCUGCUGAAGCACCUUGUGCGGCGGAGCCGGGGGAACCUGCAACUGGGCCAGCAGAUCCUACAGGUAAAUCCCCUAUUGGAGGCUUUUGGGAAUGCUCAGACUGUGAUGAACCCCAAUAGCAGCCGAUUUGGAAAGUACAUCCAACUGCGCUUCCGGGACGGGGCAGUGAGAGGAGCAAAGAUCAAUGAGUAUCUUCUGGAGAAGUCCCGUGUGUCUCACCAGGAUCCCGGAGAGAAGAACUUCCACAUCUUCUAUUACAUGCUGGGUGGGAUUCCAGACGAGGAGAAACAGGUCUAUGGGCUCCUGCAGCCCUCACUGUACAGGUACAUUGGCAGCAAAUGGGAAGAGGCAACGCCCAGUCAUUGGGUGGAGUCGUACCAGCGGGUGUGCAACGCCAUGAGGAUGGUCGGUUUCCAGGAACAGGAGGAACUCGAUCUAAAAGUGAUCCUUUCUGGGGUCCUGUCGCUGGGCAACGUGGUGUUUGAGCCUCAGGAAAGUGGGGGUGUCGGGGUGUGCCCUACAGCUAUGGGCUGGCUGAAAGCUGCUGCGGGCCAGUUUGGGGUUCAGGAGGAGGAGCUACUGAGCUGUCUGACUUGCACCCUAUCACUGACCAGAGGGGAAUCCAUCCGCAGACUGCACAGCCAACAGCAGGCCGAAGAUUCCAGAGACUCCAUUGCCCGGGGAGUCUAUUCCCGCCUGUUUGGAUGGAUCGUGUGUAAAAUCAACGAGCUGUUAGCGGGGGACAUGGACAUGGGGAAGGAGCUGCAGGAGAUCGGAAUUCUGGAUAUUUUUGGUUUUGAGAAUUUCUCCGUAAAUCGCUUUGAGCAGCUUUGCAUUAAUCUGGCCAAUGAGCAGCUGCAGAACUUCUUCAAUCACCACAUCUUCCUAAUGGAGGAGCAGCAUUACAAGGAAGAAGGAAUGGAACGGGAAGCUGUGCCCUUCAGUAACAACCAAGCCACCCUGGAGCUGUUCCUGGCCCGGCCGUGGGGAAUUCUUUCCCUUCUGGAUGAACAAAGCUCUUUCCCACAGGCCACAGAUGUUUCCUUUGUGGAGAAGCUGAACAGUACGUACCGUGAGAGUCCUCUGUACGAGCGCGGCAGGGGCUUUGAGCCAGGAUUCGCCAUCCACCAUUAUGCUGGGAAGAUCAAGUACUCGGCUGCUGGGUUUCUAGAGAAGAAUCGUGACGCUCUCCCGACCAACAUCAACCGCCUCUUUAUAAGCAGCGAGACCUCCCUAAUAAGCAUCUUGUUUACAGUAUAUUGUUUUGCAGCCAGCAUUUCCAGGACAGGAACUCUAACACCGCAGCAGAGGGCUAAGGUGAAGGUUUCCCAAGAGAAGGGUUCUUCACGCAAGAUAUCUGUGGGGGCUCAGUUUCGGCACUCUCUGGCCGUCCUUAUGGAGAAGAUGUACCUCGCUGAGCCCCACUUUAUCCGCUGUAUUAAACCCAACAGCCAAAAUGAGCCCGGUCUCCUGGAGACCCAAACGGUCCUGAACCAGCUUCGCUACAAUGGCCUGAUGGAGACUCUGCGGAUCCGCAGGGAUGGCUUCUCCUGGAGACCUUCUGUCCAAGAGUUUGUGGCACGGUUUGGGAUCCUCCUCCUCACACCUGGGGCAGAAGUGAGCAGAGAAAGCUGUAAGCGGAUCGCAGAGACGGCGCAGUUGAUUGGCUGGCACUGUGGGAAAUCCCGUCUGUUCUUUAAAUAUUGGCACCAGGACCAACUGCAGCGGCGCCUUGUAGAGCUCCGGGAUGCGGCCAUUGUGAUCCAAAAGCGGUACAAGGGCAUGUUGUGCCACAGGAGGUAUCGGGUGAUGCUGAAGGAGAUGAAGGAGCAGCAGCUGAGACUCCUCCAGGAGCAACGAGAGCGAGAGGAGGCAGCUGAGAGAGAGCGCCUGAGACUGCAGGAAGAGGAGAAGCUCAGGUCUCUCGCUGCCCCAGUUCCUGCCCCUCGGAAGAGACCGCUGCUGCCAAGACCUUGCCGAGCCCCCCAGCUCCCCGUCCCUCGCCCAAGGAGUCAGCUGAUUGAGCUCUCUCCAUUCGACAACCCUAAAGCACCUGCAGGGGGAACCCCACUUUCGGCAGUAAAAGGUGGGGAGCGUGAGAUACUGAGGCUUCAAAGGCGCAAAACCCUCCAGUGGUUUAAAGAGACGCAAGUCAGCAAAGUUCUGGAUGACGGAACCGUCCCCCUGUGGCUGCACGGAAUGAUCUCCCGCAGAGAUGCAGAGAACUUGCUGCAGGACAAAGAGCUGGGAGACUUUCUGAUUCGGAUCAGCCAGACCCGGGCCGGCUAUAUCCUCACUUACAGGGGGGCGUCUCGCUGCCGGCAUUACAUGAUAUGCGUGCAGUCUAACGAGUGCUAUGUGAUUGUCGGGGAGGAUCGUGCCCACUCGUCCCUCAGCGCUCUCGUCCAGUUCCACCAGCAGGUUGGCAUCCAGCCGUAUGGGGAGAUCCUGAGACAUCCCUGCCCGCAGUUAAGCAACUGGACUCCAGACUGUGAAGAGUUAAAGUUUUUGACAAGGACCCUGUCACUGGGGGACGAGAACGACUCCUCCAAAGGGGAGAUAAACCCUCCCAAUUCUGUCCAUGAACCCCCACAUUCCGACAAGCUCAACCGGCACCGAAACUGCAAAACUGAGGCACCGACUCGCUCCCUUCCCCGAUUCCAUCAAUCCAUUCGACUGGCAAUGCGGGAAAUCCAACAGGUCUCCCCCUAUCCCCCAAUGUCGGAGUCCUGAGGACCAGCCCAUGGGUGAGAGUUGAGCCCGGAGGCCGCGCUAAUGAGAAGGGAUCACUUGCCAAAUGAGCCAUCUCUACCUCAGCCAACCCCUGUAUGGGGGCAACAUGUACAUAUGCCCCUCGGGUGGCACUUUAAUAGUUGCCCUAGGUGCUUGGUACAGAUACUGCCGGACUUUUGAGAAGACCCCAUGACUGGGAUUAUGGUUAAAAAAAAAGUGAUACGUUUAUUGACUAUACAUAUAUAAUAUAUAUACGAUAUAGAGUAACUUGGGGUCUAUUGGUGCCACUUGUUGCAAUAAAUAAAUAUAAGGAUGUUUUUCUUACA